AUGUUAUCCACGAAAUUCCUCCUCCUAGGAGCAUCGCUCUUCACAUAUGCAGUAGCACAGACGAGGAUUGCAUUCACGUCGGUUCCGGCUGUUGCGAAUGCUGGAGAAUCAUAUAACAUCACUUGGGGCGGAGGAGAUGGAUCCCCUGUCACGAUAACUCUUCGAGAGGGCAACUCGAACGACUUGAAGACGGUUGCGACACUGGCAGAUGGUGUUGAUGAGGACUUCUUUGUCUGGAACGUCUCCAAGAGUCUUCCGACAGCUUCAGACUACGCACUUCAGAUUACACAAGGCCAGGAUUCAAUCAAUUACAGCGGACAGUUCUCGAUUGUUGGUGGAAGUGGCACAUCCUCAAUCUCUGUGACGGGCGCAAGCACAACAACCGCUGCUACCAAUGCCACUGCGCCGUUGACGACGACGCACGCUACAAUCAUAUCUGCUGGGACAAGCACGUUGAUGGCGAGCAACGGGACCUUCAGCUCUGCAACCCUCUCGCGCACCACCAGCACCAGUCUAGAUCCCGCUGUCACCGAACACAUGACUUCUUCUGCAUCCGCCUCCUCUUCCUUCAACUUUGGCGACCAGCCAAGCUCAACCUCCGCAGCACAGACUAAUACAGCUACGACCAGUGUUCCUGAUUCGGCUGGUGCACCUCAGCUAGGAAGCUCAGCUGCUUUGGUGAUGGGAGUCUUUGCGGCGGUGGUGUUCCUGAAUUGA